AUGGCUACCCCUAGUGUCCUCGCUUUUGACGCUGAGGGUCGGGCCAUUGACUUUGAGGUCUCGGUAGAUGACCUGCAGCUGUUCUUACGGUGCAAUAGGGCAGACGGCCUCUCUCUCUCUUUGACCUCACCUGUGGCGCUUCCCCUGCCCCUACUGCUGAUGCUGUCGCCACUGGACUACUUCCUCGCAGUGUGCCCCACCACUCUCACCAUUGACCUCCUCGAGAAGUCCCUCCUAGCGGCGGAGAAGAGCAUAGUCGCUGUAGGAGCUUCUCGUGGUGACCCCGGCACCCCUGUCUUUGAGGGGUGUUCUCCCUCCCCCCUCUUGCCCUCUGUCGCUUCUGCUGCUGCGGCCGACCUCGUUGGUUUCGAGUCGGUCGGCGCUGCGUCAGCCCCUUCGUGGAAGCCCCAAAAAGGUAGGGGCAAGGGGGGCAAGGGCGCUGGAGGAGCUGGCGGGGGCGGUGGAGGUGGCGGUGGAGACGUCGGAGGGAGUGGGGGUGGUGGAAGGGGUGGGGGUACUGGUGGCAGCAGUGGGGGCGGAGGCGGCGGCGGUGGCGGAGGGAGCGGAGGAGGCGGUGGUAGCGGAGGCGGCGGUGGUGUUGGAGGCGGCGGUGGUGGCGGAGGCGGUGGAGGCGGCGGAGGAGGCGGAGGUGGCGGUGGAGCUGGUCGCGGGUCUACGCAGAGGAGUGGCUCCGGUGGUGUUCCGCGCCAGCAGCAGCAGCGUGGUCGUGAGACCCUGUCCCCUCAGCAACUCCGUGAGCAGUGUGGGGGUGCGCACCCCACCCAGCGCUGCUUUGGCCGCCUGACGGACGCGUGGCGUCACCACUUCCCUGAGGCCACAGAGAUCCCUCGCUGGGGCGAGCUGUGUAGGGCGGGAGUUGCCAUCUAUGAUCUUGAUUUUGAUGCUAUUGUGUCUGCCAUGUAUUCUGUGACAAUUAGUGGUGAGGGUGACUGUUACCGGUGUUUCCUGCCCGAUCCGGGCAUUGAGACUGCUGCUCUAGGUACUGGUGCGGCUGCUGCCCUAGGUGCUUGCGACGCUGCUGCUCUAGGUGCUAGUGCGUCUGCGUCCUCAGGUACUGGUGAGUCUGCGCUCUCAGGUACUACAUCGGCUUCGGCCUCCCUCACCUUCACCCUUGACUCUGGGGCUUCUCGCUCCUUCUUUCGGGACCGCACCACACUCACGCCGCUUAGUCGGCCGGUUGCGGUGUCUCUGGCUGACCCCUCUGGGGGUCCUGUCCUGUCUCACUUCUCCACAGUCCUCCCGUGUCCGGCGGCUCCCUCUGGCACCCUGUCUGGUCUCUACCUCCCCUUGUUCUCUACGAACUUGGUGAGUGGUGCUGACCUACAGGAUGGGGGAGUGCACCAGUUCACUCCUGCGCGUCAGCGAGUGACGCACUGCACAGAGGCUCGUACAGGCCGACACCUGGCUACGUUUACACGUCCCCCCCCCCGGUAG